AUGCGAGUAAUCCGUGUCCCAGUUCCAAAAUUCAAGGGUGAUUUUAGCAAGAACGUGAGAGAAGUUGAAGAGGAUGGCGUCGUAUUCAAAUCAGACUUGCUUACACAACUCGCUGCCGCUAGAAGUGCACUUGAGAGAUAUAAACCUGAAAAAAUCGUGACAUUGGGUGGUGAUUGCUUAGUUUCUCUAGCCCCAUUUGCCUACUUGAGUGAGAAAUAUGGUGAAGAUUUUGGAAUUUUAUGGAUUGACACACAUCCAGACAUUUCUCAACCUGGCCAGUUAAACCACGCCCAUACUUAUGUGCUAGGAAAUUUAAUGGGCCAUGGUGAGAAUGAUUUUGUUUCAAAACUCGUACCAAAACCAGCAGGUGCCUCUAAUGUUAUGAUUGCUGGAAUUCACGAUCCAUUUGACCAUGAAGAAGAAUUUUUAACCAGGUAUAACGUUUCUACAUGCUCUGCAAAGGAAGUUCAAGCCGGAGCCAAAUCUGUUCCCCAAUGGAUUCAUGAUAGAAAAAUUAAAAAACUUGCAAUCCACAUUGAUCUGGAUGUAUUGAAUGAGGCCAAAUUCCAUUCACUGUUAUUUUCACGUCCAGAUGCACCUGAUAAGUAUGGGUAUGCUCAAGGCGAAUUAAGUAUGCAGAAUGUCAUAGACCUGGUCAAUCAAGUUAAAGAAGAUUGCACUAUUGUUGGGAUUACAGUUGCAGAAUACCUGCCUUGGGAUGCUAUAAACUUGAAAGCCAUGCUCCAAAAGCUGCCCUUAAUCGGAGAUGAUUGUAACUGA